CUUGGGCAAAACGGAUGUGUUUUUUCAUUCUCUUGCAAGUUUCCAAACGUGGUGAGAGUCGCGCAUCCAUUUGCUUUGCUGAAGAAAAUCCGGAAAAAGCCAACUAACCGCACACAAAUAUGACCGACGAAUACUUUUACGGAGCAACUCUCAAGGAGGGCAGCAAAACAGUGACCUGGGACCCGGACAACAAGCCGGAGGGUUACCCGCGGACGAACAAGCUGGUCAUCAAACAGUGCCUCCUGGGUCAUGAGGCAGCCGCGGACGAGUUCAACGUGGUGCAGGUGGAGACGAUGACCAUAAGGGACACGCUCCGCAUACCGAUCGCCGUGCUGAAGGUGGGCGAACUGCGACAGUGCCGCAUGGAUUUGGAGUUCUCCGACGCGCCCGUCACGUUCACGUUGGUUGAGGGCAAGGGACCGGUGCACAUCCACGGGCUGCACCUGCUCGGUUCGCUGGUGGAGGAGUUCGAGGAUAUGGAGGAGAUGGAGGAGGAAGUGCUGGACGAGGAGGAGGCCGACGAGGACGAGGAUGAGGACGGUGCGUCACAGAAGAAGAAGCCAAAACUGACCAACAACUCCAAGGGCAAGCCGGGCGCAGCGGCCGGCGGUCCCGCCGGUAAUGACAAAAACCGAAAGAGGAAAUAAACGGGACACGUUCCGUGCACCGGCCACCAGCCUCUGUGAUUGCUGUUGCAGAAGCAGAAGCAAAGUCGGCCGCCACAACGUGUCAUCAUUCCUCACCACAAAUUAAAUAUAUGUAUUACAAAAAAAAACACACACACUGACAACAAAACUAAAAUCCAAACCACCAUCACCAACUAAAGCCACGUCUAUCUGCAAGUCAGCGCCAAAACAGCAACAUCAAAAGAGGAGGAGCGAAAGGUGAACGAGCAGGGAAUUAUUACGCGUAAUUCCCGCCGUAGUUCAUGAGCUACAUGAAUCCUCUUACCUCGCGCGCACCUGGUAUCACCGUUCCCUGUUUGUUUCGUCGGAUUUGAAGACGAAAGUGCGUGCAAAUUCCCUUCUAAACAAAACAAUCUUAUAAUAAUUACACGGACAAAGCAGAGAGGAUCCUCGCAACCCAUUAGUUGCUGCAGAAGAGAUACACCCGGCGCCCGAUCCUACCGUGGCGUUUACCAAUUGACAUAAUACCAAUAAUAUCAAGAAUUUAAGCCCCGGGGGACUUUUGUUGGGGGAGAAAACAAGGUCCAACGAAAGACUACUAACCACGAUAGAGCAACAUUUGUAUAAUCAUUGAAAGAGAAGACGUAACAAAUCUUGUGAGAUAAAUUUCCGAAAAAAGGAACCGGAACAAAUGAGAGGACUACUUUCUGAAUUGGGUUGAAGAGCUAUGACUAUUGCAUUUAAAGUUCGGUGGAAAAUGCUACAUACGUAAGCGCGCGUACCAAAGCGCGUACCACGCGGAACGGUUGAGCACACGAUAAUCACGGUGGCAAAGGACGACGCAAUAUCAUCAUCAAUACCCGGCAAUCCCAGUCCACCCGUGGUUUAAUUCUGGUCAAUUCGUUUCGCCAUGAAGAUAAUGUAUCUCAUGAGAGAAAGGCGUAUGGGAAUCGGGGAAAUCAUUUUAAGGCCAAAUUUGAAAGCAAAAGCUUCGUUUCCCAUGCUCUGCAGGUAAAAACACUGAAAUGCAAGAAAAUUAAACGAGAAGCGAUCCUAUACUGGAUCAGAUCCCCGCAGGUGGUGGGCCGAGCACAGAGCAACUAGUGUAUGCGAGGAGAGGCGACAAAAUAUUCAUCAGCUGAAGUGAAAAAUGGCAAACACAAAAUGGACAAAUAAAUAUGGAAACUGAAACAAGA